UACAGAUGAAAUGGAACAGAAAAUAAGUCAUUUGCUGCAGUCGGCAAUUAUUUCACUCUGUUCUCAGCAUUACACUGAAAAGUUAGAAGUGGAUGGGAUAAUCUGUAUCUCUUCACAACAGUCAAACUUCCAGCAUGUAGUGAAAAUCCACCAGAAAGUCGAACCCAGCAACUCCCUCUACAGUCAACGAGUCUCAAGAGAUUCCUCACCAGCACCUCCCCCAAAGUCUGUCGCACCAUGGACUGAGCAACAGAUUAAAGUAGGGACACCUGCAGAGAAAACAAAGUCCAGAAAACGGUCGAGAAAUACAGAGGAUAAUGAUCCAGACUUUAAUUGUAAUAUAUCAAGCAGUGUAGAUAAUUUUCCAACCAUUGUAAAGCAGCUUCACAAACGUAAAUCACGAGCUCAGAAAAUAAGCAGUUAUACAGAAUAUGACACUGAUGGGUCUGAGAGUCCUGGCUAUGGAUCUGAUGUACAGGAUGGCCGUUAUGGGGUCAGUGACAGUAAUGUAGGAAAAGAGCCUAUGGGAUCUGCCUCUGUGCUACUCAAACUAUUGGCAAAGCCUCACAAAAGGUCUAUGCUGGCAAACCAAUCAAAUUCAAUACCUCCAAGUAUUGAAAUGGUCAAUUUAGAGGGAGCCUCAAAAGCGGGAAUGGAAUAUCAGAUCAGACUAAACGAUGGUGCAGUAACCAGUAGAGAACAUGUCCCUGAAGGUGAGGACACAACAAAAUCUGUGAUCCCAACAGUGAAAGAGGAGCCUGUUUGGGAUGGAGAGUAUGGAGGGAUGGACCAACAGGAGCAAAACAGUGAGUGUGAUGAAAAUAAAAAAGAUGACAGUAGUGCAGGAGCUAAUUCAGACUCAUCUGAAAAAAAUUCUAUUCUAAUGAAAAUUUUAGAGGGUAAGAGUUUGAGAGAAGCAUACAAGUCAGAAAAUAGUCCAUCACCUGGAUUACAAUCCCAAAACUUGGAGGAAAAAUCAAAAUCCUCAGAGCAGGAGAAUUCUUUACUUUAUCGAUUGCCUUUUGUUUCAUUCCAAGAUCUUUUCCCACAAAACUCACAAGACAUAUUGCCCAAUGAAAACAACACUGUGAGAAAAGAAAGUGGUGGACCUAAAAAGCCGCUUACUCUUCAAACUCUAGAGUAUACAAAAACAGGUGGUGUUCCAACUUCUCAGGGAUACACAGGUACACCAACCCAUAAAACAGAUCAAAAAUAUUCUACACGUCUCUCAUCAGGAAAGAAAAAUCCGGUUAGUUAUCAGGAAAUGUUGGGAACUGUAAGUUAUAGUUCAGACGAUGAGAAGGACCAAGGUGAGAGAGACCUCGAUGAUGAAAUGUACACACCACAACAAUCUGAAUAUCAGCUGAUGACACAGGAGGCUGACAUGAUGGAAGUUAAUACGGGGGCAAAACGAAGAAAAAUGGGACCAAGAAGUAAAGUAAGUAACAAACAAGACAAUUUCAAAGGAAUAAAUGGAAAGGGAUCUGAAAGGUCCAAACCCACAGUUGUGUGUAGCAAUGACCGGUUUGAAUGCAGUAUUUGUGGACGAAUCUUUAAUAAUCGAGCUCUACGAGACAUGCAUGAGGAUGCUGAGCGUGCUGAACACUUCUUUAAGUGUCCACUUUGUGAUGGAUUCUUCGGAAGUGAAGAAUCAAAGCUCAUUCACAUGCAAGACAGACAUGGAGUUGCCACAAAAGAAUUUGCAGAAGAAAGAGCUAAUAAGAAACUUGUUGCAGCAAAAAAUAAGUCGCUAGCUAAGAAGAAAGAAGCGUUGCAGGCAAAGAAAACACUUCUUUCACAAGAUGAAGAAAAUGGACCAGUAGGCAAUGGAUCUAGGGACGACAGCCAAGAAUCAUUCUCUGUAGAGGUUAAGGAAGAGAAAAUGGAUGAAAACUCGAUAGAAUGUGACAUGUGUGAUAUGACAUUCUUAGGACUAGAUGAACUCAAAGCACACACACAAUCCUUUCACGGAGCAGUUUGAUGAUAAAUUUAAUGAGAAACGUUGGUAGUUUAAUGUUGAGUACAAUGUGAGUGAUUUUAUACAAUAUCCUAGUUGCAUUAAUCUAGUUUUUGUGAAACUUUUUCACAUGGUAUUUAAAAUUUUACUUCAUUAUUUUGAAAAUGGUUGCAUUACACAGGAUAAUAGGUUAAGAAUUCUGUAAAAAGGUUGGGUUUUUUUUUUUCUGAUUUAGCUAGUGCAAAGAAUAUGAGAUAUUAUUCUUUGGAAGUAUAGUCCUUUAAUUACCCCUAUUGAAACAAAAUGAGAAGUAUUUCAUUAAAACCUGUAAAAUAAAAAAAAGGAAAGUUGCAGAGGAGAAGUUCGAUACUUUUCUUAUCUAUAAACCUGUAUACCAACUACUGUGUAUUUUUUUGACAACUUUUAAUUGCAAUUCGGUUUGAAGUGGAUCUAAAACUAUUAUUUGGAACUGAGGAAAUAUUCUACAUAAAGUUACAAUAAUGAAAUAUUUGAUUUGUGGCAAGAAAUGUUUGUUAGUAAAAGAAGGGCAUGUAACUCUUGACUAUUUUUUCGUGAGUAAAAGUUUCCUUAAAGUGAUAUUGUCUGUAAUUUUAGAAAUUUUUGACUUUGUAACUAAGUUAAAAAAAUUAUAUGGUUAUUGUUUUUGAAAAAAAAAUUACUUUUGCAAGAAAAUUUCCUUAAUGCGUUACACAAGCAUGUUAGUAAACAAUGACCUUAAUAUGAUAUUGAGACCUUGCAAGACCAAGUGUUAUACAUAACAAACUUGCUGAAUGACACAUCUUGUCACAUGAAACUUGUUUAAAAUUUUAUCCAUUGCUGAAUUUAUUUUUAUAAAUGCUAUGCUGUUCAUGUGAUGUUUUGGUCCUUGUAUGUAGCUAUAUGUAGUAUUGACGAGGUCACUAAACUGCAUUUGAAUUGUCAGACUUUAUUUUCUUUUUUGCCAAGGAAUCAAGUUUAAAUUUUGCAAUUAUCAGACCCACCUUAACUUGGAUGAGAAGAAAAAAUACAUUUAUUUUGCCCAGUAUUCUCCAUCAAAAUCAUGGACUAUGUCAUUCUGACAAAUUUUUAGAAUGCUAAUUUCAAACUUAAAAAAAUACUCUGCCAGAAGGAAAUUUGUAAUUUCAUGGUCACAUUCAUGUAAACAUAAUUAAUACAUUAUGAUAAAAGUGAAUCUCGAAUCUCUUUAAAGUGUAUAUCAUAAUAUCAAUGAGUUCAGUGAAAGAGAAGUGUGUAUUGCACUGUGAAAGUAGUGAAUAUGGCAUUCAAACUCGUACAGAUGUAUAUUUCUAAACAUUCCUGGCACAUUUUUAGAUUUUGGACAUUUUUUGUUUUAUUUGUAUAUAUAAGAAUUUUAUCAUAUCAUGAAAGUGCAAGUUCAUCAUUUCAUUUUUGUGUUUUCAUCCUAACAUUACUGUAAUAUUCACAUCCCAUUUAACUGAUUUUCAUGAGAACUAGAGUAUUUGAAUUGUACAUUUAAUACAGGUUGAAUAAGUGUAUGUUUUAAUAAUUAUGUUGUAUUAUACUGUAUGUAUGUAAAAAAAGAGAAACAAAUGUCUAAAUUCUUAGAUAUAUAGUUUAUUGCUCAUUUUCAUAGUUUAUUGUACAAAGUCAUAUAUGCUGUAUUUUCAGAGGAAUUCAAGUACAUGCAUACACAUUUUUACUCUUAACUGCCAGUGCAGUUCAUUAAUUUUCAAUGUAUAAAACUAUUUGUAAUGAAUAUUCUUUUAUUUCCAUUCUGAAGAUAAAUUCUGUUAGUCAGAAUAGUAGUAUUAAAAAUGCAAAAUGCUCAUAA